AUGUCAGCAAAUCGUAUUGUGAACCAGCCCUCCAUUGACGAGUGUGACAGCCUGUUGUGCCAGCCGGGCACCAUCUUCGAGAUCGAGACCUUUGAGCUCAAUGGUCGCCAGCUCCGUACUUGGAAACACCAAGACCCCCACUGGCGUGCUUUCAUCGAGCCCAGGAUGAAGCAGUUUGCCAACCAGGAGUUCGUCUCGUCGCCCCUCCCCCUGCCUGCGACGCACGAGGAGCGUGAGCACGUCUCGUACGGUGAGAUGCUCCGUAGGGGCUAUGUCAUCGGCGCUUGGCUGCGUGCUCGCGGUGCGGGUGUCGGCACCCGUGUCGCCAUUGGUGGUAUCAACAGCGCCGAGUGGGUCGCUGCCUUUGUUGGCUGUCACCUCAUUGGUGCUGUUCCCGUCCUCCUCAACUCGACUCUGCACCCCGAUGCUCAGCUGCACUGCCUGGCCCUCACUGAGCCCGAGGUCGUGUUUGUCGACGCCAACCUUGCCAACGUUCUCGGCGGCAUUGGCCGGGCUGCUCUGAAGCAGAAGAAGGUCGGCGAGGUGUACUGCUGGUCCAGUAUCGCUCACCUUCCCGCCGCCGUGCGCCACGAGGUCAGCGAGCUCAUCACCCCCGUGGCCCCUGCCAAGCUUGUGAGCGAGGUCGAGCAGGGAACUGGCCUCGAGAGCCUCGGCCCUGAGAGCGACGCCAUCAUCUUCUUCACAUCGGGCACCACCUCGCUCCCCAAGGCUGUCCUCACCACUCAGCGUGGCACCCUCUCGCACGUCAUCUCGGCAUCCAUCCCGACUGCCCGUGCCAUCAUGCGCGCCGGUGGCGACGUUGAGACUGCCAGGAAGUCGCACAACCCUCCUCCUGAGCAGGGCGUCGCUCUUCUUGCUGUCCCCCUCUUCCACUGCACGGGAACGCUUGCUUGGCUCAUCCGUGCCUUCCUCAUGGGCCACAAGAUGGUGUUCAUGCGUUACUGGAGUGUCAAGGAGGCAGUCAAGCUCAUGCAGGACGAGAAGAUUCGCGUCAUCGGUGGUGUCCCGGCCAUUGUUACUGCGGUCAUGCAGUCGGGCCUCCUCCCCACCGACCACGAGAUUCUCGGUGUCAACUACGGCGGAGCCCCUCCUCCCCAGCGUCUCGCCGCCGAGAUCAAUUCGCGUUGGCCUGCCGCCAGCAUCACCCACGGCUACGGUAUGACCGAGACCAACGGCCAGCAUGCUGCCAUUGUUGGCCAGGACUAUGUCGAACGUCCAGAGUGCGUCGGCAAGACCCAGCCCGUCUCCGACAUCAAGAUUGUGGACCCCGAAACUUUCAAGGAGGUUCCUGCGGGCACGAUGGGCCUUCUGUUUGCCCGCGGACCCAACCUCAUGAAGGAGUACGUCAAGAACCCCAAGGCUACUGCCGAGGCCAUUGACGACGACGGUUUCCUGAACACGGGCGACAUGGCCAUUGUCGACGAGCACGGCUGGGUCCACAUCCGUGACCGCGCCAAGGACGUUAUCAUCCGUGGCGGCGAGAACAUCGCGUCCGCCGAGGUUGAGAACGCCAUCUACGAUGACAAGCGCGUCGCUGACGCCGCGGCCGUCCCCAUCCCUGAUAAGGUGCUCGGCGAGCUGGUCGGUGUGGCCGUCACCCUCGCACCUGGCGUCCACGCCACUGGCGAGGAGAUCAAGGCGGCCGCCGAGCGCAAGCUGCGCUACCCUGCCCGCCCUGUCAUUGUCGUCGUCAGCCAGCAGCCGCUUCCCCGCAACGCCAACCAAAAGAUCCUGAAGGACCAGGUCAAGACGUUUGUUAUUGAGGCGUACAACAAGAAGAUGGCGGAGGCACCCAAGGCCAAGCUUUAG